AUGGCUAGUCCUCCCGUUCUAGCUUUCGAUGCCGAGGGCCGUCCGGUGAAGUUCGAAACCUGGCUAGAUGACCUGCACCUGUUCCUACAGCUCACUGCCAAGGAAGAUAUCUCACUGUACGACCACGCCCUAGGCCAUGCCACUGCCCCUGACUCGACUGCUGACAGCACUCUGCGUUCCCAGUGGCAGACCCGUGAUGCGCAUGCUCGCUUUGCUAUUCGCAACUCCCUGCCGCUAGAUGAGCGCGAGCACUUCGGCCAGUGCAAGACUGCUAAGGACCUCUACACCGCUGUAGUUGCCCGCUACUCCUCACCCGCUUCUGCCACGCUAGGCCGCCUCACUCUCCCCUACCUGUUCCCCGACCUAGCCUCCUUUCACACUGUUGCAGACCUCAUCACCCACCUUAAGACUAUCAGGGACCACUUCCUCUCUCGCUCCCCCACUGAGCUCACUGUUGCCCUCCUCGAGAAGGAACUGCUUGCAGCUGAGGCGAGUAUCGUCGCUGUAGGCACCUCUCGUGGCGACCCCCGCACCCCGUUCUUUGAGGGGUGUUCCCCUUCCCCCCUCCUCCCCUCUGUCGCCUCUGCUGCUGCUGUCGACCUCCUCGGUGCUGAGAAGGUCGGGACCGCGUCUGCUUCGAGCGGGCGCCGCAGGAACAAGGGGGGCAGGGGUGGGGGUGGCGGCGGAGGAGGUGGGGGUGGAGGCGGUGGGAGUGGAGGCGCGGCUGAGGAGGCCGGUGGCGGCAGUGGGGGAGGAGACAGCAGCGGCGGGAGUGGUGGCAGGGGCGGAGGCGGCAGCGGGGGCGGAGGUGGUCGUGGUGGCGGCAGGGGUGGAGGUGGCCGGGGCGGAGGCGGUGGGGGUGGUGGUCGUGGAGGCACUGGCGGAGGGCAGAGUCAGCAGCCCGCCUCGGCGCUUCAGGCCGCCCGUGAGUGGUAUGCGCAGCGUGGCGUUACCUGCACGUACGUUAUUCGCACAGGUGACCGCAGCGGCCAGCAGUGUGGGAGGCCGCACCCCAUGCAGCGCUGCUUCGCGCGCCUUAACGACGCGUGGCGCACCCAGUUUCCUAGUGCCACUGAGCUGCCACGCUGGGCUGAGCUGGAAAAGAGGGGUGUUGAUAUUUGGGCUCUAGACUUUGAUGCUAUUCUCACUGCCAUGUAUGCGAUGUCUCUUAGUGGAGAGGGUGCUCAGUACUUGCGUGUUCCGCCCGACCCGGGCAUUCAGGCCAGUCCGGCUGCCGCUCUAGGUGCUAGUGCGUCCGCUCCCACAGGUCCUGGUGAGGCUGCUGCCCUAGGUGCUAGUGCGUCUGUGCCCCCUGGUACUGAGUCGACUGCAGCACUGCACACCUUCACACUGGACUCGGGUGCUUCUCGCUCUUUCUUUCGUGACCGCACUGUCCUUGAGCCACUUGCUCGGCCAGUUGCGGUCUCCCUUGCUGACCCCUCUGGGGGUCCGGUCAUUGCGACCUCCUCCACUGUCCUUCCUUGUCCGGCGGUCCCGUCCGGCACGCUUUCACCCCUGCCUACGAGCGCGUGA